AUGCAGACCCCCCAGGGCCCUGGGCAGCUUAGAGGAGAGGGCUCUCACAAACUCUCGUCCUCCUGCGGGAGCACCGACAGCACAAAGAGUCCCCAUCACAAAACCAUCUUGAUACCCAUUCCCAUCGGCAAGUCCGUCCGCCCCUCGUUUCGCAACGAGCGUGGAGGGUCUCAACCAGGAAUUGAGCGGCUCAACAUCCGGGACACCCCCGAGAAGGAGGAGCCUCAGGACGUCCAGAUGGGCACCGAGCGCUCCCCCACCUGCGGACGCGUCGUUCAGCACUCGGAGACAGAAAUGGAGCAAACUCACCACUAUGACCUCCUCCUUCUCGUGGUUAGUACCCGGAUGAUGAGCCGCUCAAUCUCCUGGUUGAGACCCUCCACCUGUUGCGACAACGAGCGGGAGAGAAGCGCAGCUCACCAGAGAUUGGAUGAUGGUGUGGCCUGCCAAUAA